AUGAGCCGGGGGGGGCGGCAGGGGGGGGACAACGUCCCCUCGGAGCUGCUGGAGGAGCAGGAGAACCUGCGGAUCUUCGAGCUGCUGGGCAGGAAAUGCGUGGAUGGAUUUUGGGGUCUCUGGGGCUGUUUUGGGGUCUCUGGGAUGAAUUUUGGGAUCUCUGGUGAGGUUUUGGGUUCUCUGGAGCCAUUUUGGGGUCUCUGGGAUGGAUUUCGGGAUCUCCAGGUGGAUUUUGGGGUCUCUGGGCUGGAUUUUGGGGUGUCCCCGCAGACCCUGGUGACCGCCGUGGUCCAGCUGGUGGUGGCCGAGCCCGGGGGGGUCCCCGGGGGGCUCCCGGGGGGCUCCUGGAGCCUCCGGGGCUGUGGGGUCGCCUGCCUGGUCCGGGACAGCCCCCGGCGCUCCUACUUCAUCCGCAUCUUCCGCCUGCCCGCCGGGGAGCUGUGGUGGGAGCAGGAGCUGCAGGGGGGGAUGGGCUACAAGACCCCCACCCCCUUUUUCCACACCUUCGUCAGCCACGAAGGGUGGGCGGGGCUGAACUUCGCCUCCGAGGCCGAGGCCGCCGCGUUCGAGGGUCGAGUCCAGGAGAGGCUGCGGCGGCGGCAGCAGCGGAGCGAGAAGCAGCUGCUGCCCCCUCCCCGAUUUUGGGGGGAUUUUGGGGGGUUUUGGGGUCACUGGGUGGUCCCCACCCCCCCUGACUCUCACUGUGCCCCCCCAGAGCGUCGGGGGAGCCUCCCCAGGACCCCCAACCCUGAUGGCCCCCCCAUCCCGGCCGUGCCCAUCCCCAACCCCGACAUCACCCCCAGCCGGUACCGGGGGCUGCCCAGCCCCCCCUCGGGACCCUCCCCCACCUCGGGACCCCCCCCCGCCGCCGGGGCCCCCCCCGGGGAGCGGAAAAAGGGGAGGGGGCGCAAGAAAAUCUCCAAGGCCGAUAUCGGGGUCCCCUCCGGAUUCAAGCACGUCGGUCACAUCGGGUGGGACCCCAAUGGCGGCUUCGAUCUGGCCGCCCUGGACCCCGCCCUGCGGUCACUCUUCGCCCAGGCCGGGGUCAGCGAGCGCCACUUGGCCGACGCGGAGACCUCCCGGCUGAUCCACGACUUCAUCGAGCGGCGCGGCGGGCUGCAGGCCGUGCGCGAGGAGAUGCGGCGGCAGGGGCCGCCCCCUCCCCCUCCGGGCCGCGGCGGCCCCGCCCCUCCCCCCGCCCCUCCCCCCCUCUCCGGCCGCUCCCGCUCGGGGGUCCCGACCCCUCCCCCACCCCGCGCCGGCCCCGCCCCUCCCCCGGCCCCGCCCCCUCCCCCCCCCCCCCCCCCCCCGCCCCCUCCCCCCUCCGGGGGCGCCCCCCCCGCGACCCCCCCGGGCCGGGGGGCGCUGCUGGACCAGAUCCGCCAGGGGGUGACGCUCAACAAGACCCCUGAGACCCCCGAGGUGGGCGCGGGCCCCGGCGCGGGGGGGCUCGUGGGGGCCCUGAUGGACGUGAUGCAGAAGCGAAGCCGCGUCAUCCAUUCCUCGGAUGAAGGCACAGCCAGCGAGGAGGAGGAGGAUGAUGAUGAAUGGGACGAGUGAGACCCCCCCUCCCUUCCCCGCUUCUAAAGACGCCCCCAGACCCAAAAUGUGCCCCCCCGCCCCUCCCCCACCCCGUCUGUGCCCCUCCCCCAGCUCGGGGGGGAGGGGCCCGGCUUUUCCUGCCCCCCCCCCCUUUUCCAUCCCAUCCCAAUUCCCCCCCCCCCCCGCAGAACCAAAUAAACGGAGUCACGUGAGGACUCGCCUCGUUAAUUAAUUCAUUCAUUAAUUACCGUUUAAUGAGCCGGGAUCGAGGAGGGGAAGCGGGAAUGGAGCGGCUCGGGGAGGGGCUCGGAGGGGAUCCCGGCGCUUCCAGCGGCUCCGAGCCGGGAAAACCGCGGGGAAAAAUGGGGAAAAAACGGCGGAAUUCGGGAUCGGCGCCGUGCGCGGGGGCUGCUGGGAGCGAUAUGUAAAUGAGACAGCGCCGCGACCAAUGGAAAUCGGUCAAUUCAUACCAGUAUGUAAAUGAAUCAUCGCGGGCGCUGCUGGGAGAGAUAUGCAAAUCAAGCGACGCGACGACCAAUGGCGGGAUCAGAUAUUAUGCAAAUAAAGCGGCGCGGUGGCCAAUAGAGAACGGGCGGGAAGUUGUCGGCAUGCAAAUAAAUCACCACGUCAGCCAA